GCUGGAAGUUUCCUGUGGGUUUCUGGAGGAAAUACAGCCGUGUUUGCCUGCCCAAGACGAAACGUGCAUGAAGGUACUCUGGGCCGAUGAUGGAAGCCUGGCCAACAGUGGCCUGGGUCCUGAUAAUGACCAACAUUGCUGAUUGGCAGAAAACUGUCCAGUCACGGGACUUCACCUUGACAGACAUCAUCCUGCUGCAUCCCUCAACCACACCACAUCCUGGUGCCUUCAAGUGCUUCACGUGUGAAGACGCUGCAGAUAACUAUGAGUGCAAUCGCUGGGCAGCGGAUGUUUACUGUCCAAAAGAUGCGAGAUACUGUUACACACGCCACAUGAUGGAUAACCAUGGAAACAGUGUGUCUGUGACCAAGCGCUGUGUGACUCUGAAGGACUGUCUGUUUACUGGCUGUGCUGAUGUCACUGAUAACGCCUUUCAGGUGUGCUCGUCCUGCUGCGAGGGCAACAUCUGUAACGUGUUGGUGCCAAGAAAUGAGAGCAGCGCCAUUUUCUCCUCGACUUCUCCUCUGGUCGGCUCGAGCAGAAGGCUUCUUCCUGCAAUGCUGAGCUACAUCAUCAUCAUCAUAAUCUGCAUCUUCACAGCUGGGCAUGUUUGAGAGGGAAACUCUGCAUGAAAACAAAACACAUAAACAACAACUUGAUAAAGAACACAAGGACAGAAAUUAGUUAACAGUGACGACCAAUGAUACAGAUAAAUUUCUUAACUAAUGCUGUGGUAUUGUUUAACACAGCUGGUACAUGUAGCAUAUCAGAUCUGGAAUUUGUGUUUACGGUAUCCUGCUCAGAUUAAUUAAAGUAACUCCAUAAGGAUGUUUCAGAAACUGUCCAAAACGUCGAGUCACAGAGAAAUGCAAUUUAACUUUGAGCAAACGGUAAACGCGUGUCAAAGCCUGUUACUAUGGCACCAAACUCCACUUACAUUUUUUUCCUUUCGGACAAUAUUUACAUUUUGUUUAAACUUUAUUAGGUAAUUUAUUUAUACUAAGUAUCAGUACUAAUAUUCGUUUGUUAUUGUUUAACCAUGUGUGUAUUUUAGGAGGUUUUGUCAAUAUG